ACCCUGCUCUUGGGGAACAGUAUCGGUGGGGCGCCCGGAAAGAGCUCUCUUCGUUUUAAUCCUCCUAAAUAGGCCUGUAGGUUUUUCUACCCGAAGACACCGAAUUCCUAGUAAACUCUGUGUCACUUUUCUCUAGAUUAAUUCGCCGGGGGUAGCUGCGCCCCGACGCGGUGCCAUGAAGACCCCGGUCAGCGUGCUGCGGCUGCCCCGGGGCCCGGACGCCGACGGCCGCGGGUUCGACCCGACCUCCGCCCGGUUCCAGGCGCUGAGCGCGGCCGGGCAGCCGGGCCAGGAGCAGCGGGCCCGCUCGGAGCUGCGGGAGCGCUACCUGCGCAGCCUGCUCGCCAUGGCCGGCAGCCCGGUGCGCUUCAGCAUGUACGGGGGCGUCAGGGUCGCCGCCACCUUCGGCGCUUCCGACGUUGACAUCCUGAACUUCCAGGUGGCGGAGCUGCAGACCCCGCUGGGCGUGCAGAGGGCCGCCGUGCUGCGCUGCCCUGAUAUAAUUUCCUACUCCCUUGAGCUGUGAAGACGGGCGACCUCCUCAGAGACCACCAGCCUUUUAACAGGAUGAGACCUACUGUAUAAUACUGUUGUCCGGCCUUUUGAGUGAAGGUGGAUUUUAUUGUUUAGCCGUUUUCUAAUAAAUUCUUCAGCUGAGAUGCGUGUUUUGCAGCACGAUUUAAAAGAUUUUUAAAUUUGU